UUAGGUUAUGUUGACAUAUUAUUUGGAAGUUUUGCACAUUAUUUAAAAUAAAUUAUGAAACUUAAUAUAAGGUAAACACUUUGCGUAUAUCUGAAUCAUUUUAAUUGCUAAAUGUACAAUUAAAUACAGAAUGACUUAUAAACAAGUAUUAGAUCCAACUUCCCAUUCUGUAAUUUUUAUAAAAGGAUUCAAAAAUGUUAAAAAUAUAAGUGAACUAAAAGAAAAACUCUUCGAUGGUUCUUUACAAUGUUGUAUUUGUAAAUUAAGUUUGAUAUUAGAUCCAUUCCAAAUCGUUGUAGCUGCAAACAAGGCCAUUACAGCAGGAAAGUUAAUAACAAAGUCUAUUUACACCGAAAUAUUGUAUAAUUUGUCAAUUUCAAAAAAUAUUACUCAAAGCUUACAGAAGUUUGGAAUUGACGAGUCAGUAGAUAACAUAAUUGUGGCUGUAAUAGCUAAAGAAAACGACAGUGUAAAUGCCCAACAGAUUUUUAAAGAAAUCAUUGGAGAUGAAAUUAACCUAUCGUUAUUGAAGGAGAUGGCAAAUGUGACAGAUAUUAGGAAAGCAUACAAAAUAUCUGAUUCAGAAUUUCAAGAACUGCCUCUCUUGGAGUCUAUCAUAACUCGAAUUGCCAUUAAUGAUUUAAUAUAGAAGCUAAUUUUAUAAAUUAAAUUGUACUUUGUAAGACAAGAAUCAAUAAAAAUAAAUCAUUAUAAAGGU